UCUAGAUCUUGAUCUAGUAGUAAUAGAAUCUAGAAUCUAGAUCUAGAUCUAGGAUUACUACAGGAUUAGACUAGAUCUAGAGAUUAGAGAUACCUACAAUAAUAUUAUUAUAUGUCAGAGAUUUGCUGUUAUUUUGUUCCAAGUGAAACAAUGUUUUUAUAACACAGUCCAGCACAAGUGUUUGAAAUAUGUUGAAAACUUUUCAUAUAAAAAGAUGUUUGGCUUGCCAUAAAGUCUUACUCUCCAUUGGUGGAUCAGCCAGAAUCAAGUUGCAACCUCUACGCAGCUUUACUGUCCAAGAUGCUUCAGUUGCUCUGCGACCAUUUUUCUUUAUUAUACACCCUGACUUGUUUGGGCAGCACCCAAAAGAGCGGGCAGUCAAUGAAAACUCUCUAAAACUCCUCAAUGCCUUUCUGUCAGAACAACCAACACACAGCCUGCACAGGGAGAUGGAAAUGGUUUUCUACAUACGUUCCAACAGCAACGGCAGGCAGGUGAUGAAACAGAUAAAGGUGAAGCUACUCUCCUAUAACCUGCAUGAAUCAGUGCGGAACAUUCUGGGAGCCUGUGGUUUAUCUACAGGGCACAUGCCCGAGUUUACAUCCACUAACACAGACCGUCCCAUUGACUGGCACCCAUCCUACUACCAGGCUACAGGGAAGACAAAUCCUAACGCCAACAACAGGACCCAUAAACCUGCUUCAUUAACACUCAGAGGUUGGCUGCGGUUGAACAUCGACAAGUCUAGGAAACACGAGGAGUCAGUGCGUCACAUCCAGCAAGACAUCACCAGGCUGAUGCUCAAGCUGCAGGCUGACAUAGGCGUGGGCGUCAUCAGGUUUGACAGCGUCUGGGGCUUCCAACAUUUUCGUGGCUGUCUCAAGUCUUUUGAUCGGCUCAACAACGAUUACCCACAGUUCCUGAAACAUGUCUUAAAAGGUCGGACUUUGGUGUUUGGUAACAACACAGGUGUGAGUCGUCUGGGCGAGAUUGUGCUUAGUAGUGAGGAUGUGCCACAGACGUGGGUCACUCUCCUUCAGACAGUGCCAGCCUACGACGCGGUGCUGGCCAGACUGCCCAUCAUGGAGGCCAAACUUUCUUCCCUGUUGAACGACAUCCAAGUGGUCAGACGGGAGAAACAGAACUACAGAAUCAUGGCCGAGGAGUACGAGCUUCUCCUCAACAAGAUACUCAACUCUCUACGACGACGCCAGGACCAGGUGAAACUUGUCUUUGGGCACACAGACUUGUCUCCCCUACAGCUGGUUGUUGAAGGAGAAUCAAGUCCAAUGAUGCUGUCGUCCUUUGGUCACUUUUUGGUUCCAGCCUCCAUCCCUGGCACCCUGCUCAUAGAUUUCAUCAGGGACAAUUCGGAAAAGGCCAGGUUUAUACUGCGGGAUAUAUCUGGAUUUCUGGAGGAAGAGGAACAGUGCACACACAGAGCUAUUGAUGCCCUGGGACUGUCAGAACUUCUGAAAGACGAGAGCGUGACCCCCGCGCAGAUGAUUUCCUGCUGCACCAGGUUCUCUGAGCAGCACUGGCGGCUGGGUGUCUCGCUGGAGAGGUCAAGGGUCAGGGUGUCACACUACUACUCCGUCAUGCAGGACGGACAGAUUUGUGUCCCCUGGGACUGGCUGGGGGAUGAUGACUGACAGAUGACAUCAUGAUGACAUGACAGAUGACAUAAUACUGACAGUUGACAAAGUGCUGUCCGUGGAUGAUGAGACUUGACGGAUGACAUAAUCACAGUACACAUGGCAUAAUGAUGACAGGUUAUACAAUAUACUGCUGUUCUGUUAGAUGACAAGACAGAAUACAUGACAUAGUGAUGACAGAUGACAUAACAUGGCUGUCAGGUACAAAGACAGUGUCAGCUGGUGAUAUAACAGACAGACCACAGUAUCCACCCUAUGAAUGUUUUCAACUUUCCCAAACUGGUUCCCUCCCCUUGUAGCAAAUCUUGGUGGAAAAAAUUAUUGGAUUCACAAAAAAUUUAACAUCUCUCAGAUGAUAACUUUAUUACAGUGGUAAGAAACUAUCAAAUUCACAGAUAAUUUAACAUCUAUAAACCUCUCUGAUAAUGCCUUGAGGAGAGUCUGUUGAGCGCUAGUUUAUAAGAAGUUUAAAUCCCUUGAAUUAUUUAUUCUCUAUUAAUCUAUGGGAUCACUGUGUACACGAUUUCAUAAGUUAUUUUUUUUUUUACUUUGUUUUUAUAAGAGGUAGAUCUGGAUGAGAGAAUCUAAACUGAUAGCAAAUGGUAUGUAAAUAUGUAUGUAUGUACUGGUAGUUAGUUUAGAUGUGUGGCACCCAAGUCUUUCUAACUGUCAGUAUUCACACAAGGUUUUCUUGCCUUAGGGCACACUACAAUGUUGAAAUUUCGACCAAUAAAAGUGGUUCUAAAUGUCAAAUAAACCAUCA